UGUGACUCUCCAAUAAUAGGCUUCAAAAUAAAACCCUUUCCCUCUUCACUCUCCCAACUCCGACACUCCCUUCCUUUACUCGAAACCCUAAAAAAGAAUCAAAUUCUGUGAAUGAUUUAGAAAGAAAAUGAUUCAAGAACUGUUUGGAUCGGUUCGUCGAUCGCUGGUUUUUAAGAAUGGAGUUGAUGAAGGAGGAGGAGGUAGUGGCGGUUUAGUUGAUAAGAUUAUUAACAAGUCUUCAAGGGUUGGAUUAUUCACUCACAAUCAAAAACCUUCAGUAUCAUCAGUAUUACCUACAAUCCGAUGGAGAAAAGGGGAAUUAAUUGGUUGUGGUGCAUUUGGCCGUGUCUAUAUGGGAAUGAAUCUCGAUUCCGGAGAACUUCUUGCAGUUAAACAGGUUUUGAUUGCAGUAAAUUCAAAGGAAAAGGCACAGGAUCAUAUUCGAGAACUUGAGGAAGAAGUGAAGCUUCUUAAGAAUUUAUCGCAUCCGAAUAUAGUGAGGUAUCUAGGAACUGCAAGGGAAGAGGAUACGUUGAAUAUCUUGUUGGAAUUUGUACCAGGAGGAUCUAUUUCAUCCCUACUUGGAAAAUUUGGUUCCUUCCCUGAGGCUGUUAUAAUUAUGUACACUAAACAACUGCUUUUGGGGUUGGAGUAUCUCCAUAGGAAUGGAAUCAUGCACAGAGACAUUAAGGGUGCAAAUAUUCUUGUUGAUAAUAAAGGAUGUAUCAAGCUUGCUGACUUUGGUGCGUCGAAGCAAGUUGUUGAGCUAGCUACUAUAUCUGGCGCCAAGUCAAUGAAGGGUACUCCUUAUUGGAUGGCUCCUGAAGUGAUUCUUCAAACUGGGCAUAGUUUCUCGGCAGAUAUUUGGAGUGUUGGAUGUACUGUCAUUGAGAUGGCAACUGGAAAGCCUCCAUGGAGCCAGCAGUAUCAGGAGGUUGCUGCUCUAUUCCAUAUUGGGACAACAAAAUCUCACCCACCCAUCCCUGAGCAUCUUUCAGCUGAGGCUAAGGACUUUUUGCUAAAUGCUUACAAAGGAGCCAAACUUGAGGCCUCUGCAUUGAAUUGUUGCAGAAAUCUGCCCUUGUUGUCAGAUGACCCGAAUAAGAGUUUUAAUCCCAUGUGUCAGCCCACUGAUGACUGGCUGUGCAAGUACGAUCAAAGUCCAGAACCAGAUAAUGAAUAUAGAAGAAUCGACUCCUUCUCGGUUCCUGAGCGGAGAGGCCUUAUUGAUCAUCAGAGUAAACCAGUCAAUACAAGUCCGAGUUUUUCUGAGAGGCAGAGGAAGUGGAAAGAAGAGCUUGAUCAAGAACUCGAGAGAACAAGAGAGAAGAUGCGGCAAGCAGGUCUAGGAGGGAAGAUAUUGUCUCCAAAUGACCGAACCUCGAAUCGGCAGAAAGAGCGUUUACGGUUUGCAUCCCCUAGCAAAUAAAACUGUAAGAUUGUGUGCUUGUACAGCUGUUUUUUAACACAGAAGGUUCAGAUCUUCCAGUCUGCCAAAGUUGAGUGUGUGAGUAAUACAAAUGUAUGUAAGUUCUUGUCGUGUUUUACAAUAAAUAAAUGUUUUUGUAAAAACAGUAGUGCAGUGCCUAUGCACUGUGGGUUCCUAAAACAAACUUUUGGUUACUUUUAGUUUCUCCUUUCUUUAUGAAAUUUUGUUGAUGUAUUAAAUCAGGACGACAGCGCCAUGGUUUGGGAACAACCACAUCUAUUCUUUUAGGAAAACCAUCUUAAUUUCUUGUGUA